AUGAAAUUUGCUAUGAACCUGGAAAUUUGCUCUAUCACCCGGGCGGAGUUGAGGGGCGCUGUAGAAGGCCUUCCGUUAGCUUGGGAUGCUGGUUACAGACACGUUAGAUUGGAAUUAGACUCUGUUUGUGCUUUGCAGUUGCUUCGGAGCACCGAUUCUAAUAAGCAUCGCCAUGCAGCCAUCUUGGAUAGAGUUUUUUAG